AUGGCUCCACCCACCCCCUCCGUCUCUGACCCAACUUCUCCCUAUUACUUGCAUAAUAGCGAUCACCCUGGCACCCCUCUUGUCACCCAACUUCUUAAUGGUGACAACUUUCCGACUUGGAGUCGUGCCAUUACUAUGGCUCUCCAAGCAAAGAACAAGGUUGGCUUCAUUGACGGCACCCUCAAGAAACCUGCUGAUGACUCCACUGAUUUGUCUGCUUGGAGUCGAUGCAACUCCAUGGUUACAUCUUGGUUGAUCCACUCUACAAUUCCCUCUAUUGCCAACAGUAUUUUAUGGACCACCAACGCUCAUGAUGUCUGGAUCGACCUUAGUGACCGCUUCUCUCAACAAAAUGCUCCUCGUAUCUUCGAGAUACGACGUUUCAUCUAUAACCACAGUCAAGGAACAGAUUCGAUCUCUGCUUACUAUACAGCCUUGAAGGCCUAUCGAGACGAGUUGUCAUCAUAUCGAACUCUUCCCACUUGCACUUGUGGCGCUAUGACAAGCCUCAAUGGCUUCAUUGAAACUGACGCUCUCAUCGAUUUCCUUCAAGGUUUGAAUGACUCGUUCUCUGCUGUCCGGAGUCAAAUACUCCUUAUGGAUCCACUGCCCUCUAUGGCCAAGGCCUAUUCUUUACUGCUGCAGGAGGAACGCCAACGCUCUCUUCACGAUGCUCGGCCCAUUCCUCUCGACCAAGCUGCCUUGGCUGCCCAACACUCCUCCACCAGCCGUGAUUCCAAAGGUCGUUCUCGUCCCCGAUAUCAUUGCAACUAUUGCGAUAUGGACGGGCAUUCUGACUCUCGCUGUUUCAAGCAACAUGGCUACCCACCCAAUUGGACGCCUCGCAAUGGAGAUGGUACUAAGUCUAAGCCCCGCAACAACAAUGUUCACGCUGCCAAUCUUACAGCAACCAACGCACCUCUUGCAUCUGCGAUUGCUCCCACCAUCUCUGCCGAACAGAUUCAGCAACUUUUAACUCUUCUUCCCACUGGUAAUACCCACCCUCUUGCUAAUAUGUCAGGUACAGUUUCAUUCCCUCCUUCCUUUGUUUGGAUUGUCGUUACUGGUGCUACAGAUCAUAUGGACCCACGGACGAAGACGAUUUUUGCGACGGGUAGACGCCAUGGUGGUCUUUACCUCUUGGACACCUCACCUCCACUUGCAUCUGCUGCCACCACCACAUCCUCGUUCGAUCUCUGGCAUUGGCGACUUGGUCAUCCCUCCCAUUCUCUUUCUUCUAAAUUAAGACAAUUUGAUUCUACCAUUUCUUGUUCUAAUAAGGAUUUUAGCACUGUGAUCCUGUCCGGUUACGGCAGAAUACCAGACAACACUGCUACUGUUAACCGUGAACAAGGAUAA